UACUCCUGGAUUGUCCUGUUCUUUAUUUCUUUGUGAUUGAGAGGGGUCUGGGAAGGAUGGGUCCUUGGGUGCCGCCACGUCUGAUGGUCAUCACAUCCGCCGUGGGGGUCGUCGUGGGAGGGUCCGUCCUGCUCAAAGAUUUCAUUGUGGGUCACGCUCAAAAAUUGGACGGCAAGAUUCGAGCCGAUGGGAAAAUUGUGAUCGUGACGGGUGCAAAUACGGGUAUUGGGAAAGAAACGGUGAAAGAGAUGGCUAAACGCGGUGCCACGGUGUACAUGGCGUGUCGAGACAUUGCCCGGUGUCAAGAAGCCCGCAAAGAAAUCGUUCUCGAGUCCCUCAACAAAAAAGUAUACUGCAGAGAAUGUGACCUCGCCGAUUUCAAUUCGAUUCGUCAUUUCGUCUCAGAGUUUACGCUUGUGGAGGAUCGCUGCGACAUUUUGAUCAACAAUGGGGGCUUGAUGCGCUCCCCUCGACUGAGCACGAAGCAAGGGAUAGAGAUGCAGCUCGGGGUGAACCACAUGGGUCAUUUCCUUCUCACUCACCUCCUCCUCCCAUCCCUCCAAAAGGCCGCUCCCAGCCGAAUCGUAAAUGUCUCCAGCUUGGCCCACACACGAGGCCGAAUCAAUUUCGAGGACUUGAACUCUGAAAAGGAAUACGAUCCGGGGGCGGCGUACAAUCAGAGCAAGCUUGCCAAUGUCCUUUUCACUAAAGAAUUGGCCAAGAGGUUGCAAGGAACCGGCGUCACUACAAACGCACUCCAUCCGGGUAUUGUUAAAACAGAGAUUGGUCGUCACAUGGGGCUCGAGAGUAGCAUCAUGGCCUCCAUCUUUGUGAAACCACUGCUCAGCUUUUUUCUCAAGAGUCCUGAGCAAGGGGCCCUAACCACCCUAUUCGUCGCGCUGGACCCUUCCCUGGAGAAAGUGUCGGGAAAGUAUUUCAGUGACUGCCGUGAGACGAAGGUGGCCCCAGCGGGGGAGGAUGCCGCAGUAGCGAGGCGUUUGUGGGUGACGAGUGAGCGGUGGACGGGGAUUCAAGAGAACGCUUCAUUGGAAGCUGCUGCGCCCUGCUAAUGUUCUUACCGCGCCUUCAUAUUUAAUAAGUAUAUUUAACAAUAUGUGAGAGCACAGAGGAAACAGAAAUGAUCUUGGGCGGAAAAAAUGUAAGCCCUCCAGGCAAGAAGUGGUCGUCGCAGGCUAUUUAGUUGUUGCAAUAAAUCAUGACAAGAGAGA